AUGGAAAUCGAUGUAAAUAAUCGUCGUAGUCGACAACGACGACGACAUGAUCAACCACGUUUACUUGAAAAACAAAUUCGUCCAGAAGUAUUUGAACGAUGUUUACAAUUUAUUGAUAUUGUUAUUAAUCAAAUUAUUUAUCAAGAAAAUAUUUAUCCGUCAAAUUUAUUUAUUCCUUGUCAAAUGUAUAAUUCACUUGUUUAUAAAUGUAUUGAUAAAGAUAUAUCAUCAUAUAUAACAUUAUGUAUUGCAUCAUUAAGAGAUUUAUUUUUUCAACAAUUAUCUGAUAUGAUUUCAAUAAAUAUAAUUCGAAAUAUUCAAAUUCCAAUUAUUCUUCGAAGAUAUUUAAUUGAAUUACAUACUAUACAUGAUCCAUGUUUACGUGCUAUUUAUGAUAAUACGAAACAAUUAAUUAAUCAAAUUGAUCAAGCAUUUUCACAAUGUAUUCAAACAAUUAAACAAAUUAAACCAUUAGAUAAUUAUAAGUUUAAUAAACGAUGGACAUUUCAAUUAAGAUUAUGUUCCGAUGGAAAAAAUAGUAAAGGUAUUACCAUAGGAGAAAUUCUACGUAAAAAACCAAUUUAUAAAGAAUUUCUAUUAAUUAAUCAACAAUCAGAUUUAUUAUCCAAUGGUAAACAAUCAAUUAUAUCAUCAAUUAAAUCAUUACAUACUGAAAGAAUUAAAUUACAAUUUAUGUGUGAAGAUGAUAAAUAUGAACAAGAGAAAUUUCAACAAUCGAAUCAAUAUUUAUUAAAUAAUAUAACUACUGAUCAACAAGAUACUGAUUAUGAAACUGAUUCUGAUAUCGAUGAUCAUCAGGACUAUUCCAAAGAAACAAAUGUGUCUUCUUCAGUUAGCAAAAAAUCAAAUGAAUCUGAACUUUGGCCAUUAACAACAAUGAAUAAUCCUUCAAUAUGUACAAUAGAUGAUCAAGAUAUGAAUUCAAAUGAUAAAAAGAGACAGAAUAAGAAGAAAAGAACGAUAAUUGAUACUGAUUUAUUAAUUGAUCGUUAUCAUAUAACACAAAAAGCUAAUCGAGAAAAUUUUGAUGCUCUUCAAUAUUCAUCUGAGAAUGAAGAUCAACCUCAAUCACCUUAUUCUCCUGAUAAUAUUUGGCAAAAAGAAGAAGAAGAAGAAGAAAACAACGAGGAUGAAGAUCUAUGA